GAGAGCGAGAGAGAGAGAGAGAGAACGCCGAGGGCGAGAGGCGAGUCGACGAGGACGGAAACAGAAGAGGGGACUCUUUCCGCUCUAUCUCAUCCCAAUUCAACGCGCAGUAGAGGAAAUAAGAAGAAGAGGAGGAGAGGAGGAAGAGAGGGAAGCGAGGAGAAGAGGGGGAGAGUAAUUGGAGAUACGUUCGCCGCUGGCUGAGGCGCCUUCGUCGUCGAAUCCAGGCGGUGGCUCCCGCUGGUCGGAGCUUGCGGAGAGGUAAGCUCGAAUCCCCUCCCACCCUGCUUCUUCUGCCUGCGCUGUCGUUCUCCGCUCGGAUUGGCUUCUGUUUUCUGUUCGUCCUCUGCUCUGUCUACUUGUCUCGCUUUUGAUCCUCUCGCCAAGGCAAUUGCGAUCCGGUUCUCUCAACUAUGGAAUCUUCGAUCGCGGACCGGGGAUCAGAUCGCCAAUGUUUAUUUCGUGGGGUUCCGUCGCGCAAUGAGGAGAUUCCCAAGCUGUCCUCUUCUGCGUGGGUUUUGAUUCUGCUUGCUUCUCGCCUUCUUUAGGGUUUUCGAUCUCUGUUUGAGAAUUCUGGUCUCAAAUUUGCAUCUUCGCGAGUGCAGCUUCUUGAUCUUGUGUUGCUCGAGGUGUUCUUCUUUGGAAGAUAGGAUUACCGCUAGCGUUGUUGUCGCCGUUGAGGUGGCAAUUGUGCAUAGCUCUCCUUCUCUGUAAGAGAAGGUGCAAACCCUAAUCUUGCCCGAAACCUAUAAAGAUAAUAAAAGGAGAAGCAGAAGGGUUUGUAGUCGUCUGAUUUGGUGGUUAAUUCUAUGGCUACUGUUUGCUGAUAUAGAUCGCCCCCACCAAUGCUGCAGCGGCAACCAUCGCUGCCACCGCCACUGACCCCGCCGGUGACAAAGCAUUCUCGAAUCGACCUCGGUGAGCUAAAGUCGCAGAUAGCAAAGCAUCUCGACCAGGAGCAAGCGAACCGCUAUUUCGGCUAUCUGAAUGGUCUGUUGUCACAGAAGUUGAGCAAGCAUGAGUUCAACAAGUUCUGCAUUAUGACGCUCGGCCAUGAGAAUCUCCCUUUGCACAAUCAGCUCAUUCGUUCCAUACUUCGCAAUGCCUGUCAAGCCAAAGCUCAACUAUCAGUCAAUCAUGGCAGGUUUGCACAUAGGCCAACUGGGAUUGUGUCGAAGAAUUCCCCUGAAUCAGAUGAUGGACUGGGUUUUUCACAAGCCCUGACAUGUUCACACACUUGGUCCAAAGGGGAUAUCUUGCCAUGGUCAAACGACAAGUUUAGGGGUGGUAGUGAUAAUAACAGGAUCAGAGACUGUCCCAGCCCCCUUGGACAGAAUAGGAGGGUGGAGGUUGAAGCUGUUCUGGGUGAGAAUGGUGAUUUGAGCUCAUGUUAUUUGAAGAGAUCAGUGCAGCAACAGAAGGGUGGCGUUCAUGAGUUGCCAGUAAAAAGAGCAAGGAUAGAGGAGCCAUCUCUGCUUGACCAGGGAUCUGUACAUUACAAGGUUCUUGCUGAAGUUGUUCCCCCGAAAUGUGGGGAGAACAUGGACCAUAGGGGUGAUUUGGACUCCUUCAGAGGUCCUCUUCAGGCUCCUCUCGAAAAUCUUUUCUGUUCGGCAAACACCACGGGUGCAAGGAGGAGAUUUCUGUCAGCAGGUACUGCUCUCACUGAUAGCUUUUGUAGGAAUUAUGAUUGCAGUGAACUGUGUGAUACUGAGAUAUUGAAGAAACGAAUGGAGAAAAUGGCUCAAUCACAGGGCUUGGAAGGAGUAACAAUGGACGGUGCCAACUUGCUGAACAGUUGGUUGGAUGCUUAUCUGAAGCAGCUGGUUAAAUUGUGCAUUGAACUAGUAGGAGCAGGAACAGGACAUGUGUUGACAAAACAGGCAGUUUCCAAUCUUGUGCCUUAUGCAAAGCCCAUCAAUGGUGUUUGGGCAAGAAAUGACAUCCAAGUGCAAGGUACCGUUGUGUCUUUGGAAGGCACACAUGUGUUGAGUACGAAGGAUUUUAGGAGAGCAAUGGAACUAAACCCACAGCAACUUGGUGGAGAUUGGUCAUUACUUCUUGAGAAAAUAUGUGUUCAUUCAUUUGAGGAAUAGGAAAAAUCAAAAUCUAUUUUAAGGUUUGCAAAAGUCAUAGCACCUGGAUGGAUCAACUUUUGAGGAAGACUACGUGGUACUGCAAUGGCAGAUUCAAGUUCCUCAGACUGUCCUAAGGGGAAAAAAAAAGGAACUCUCUCUGUUCAGCUCAUUUAUUGUAGGUUACUGUCCCUGAAGAGGCAUCUCCAUCACAAUAUCACACCAGAUGUCUCGAGCUGCUAUGUAAUUGACAUCAUGGAAGACUCUGGAGGAAGUUUUGCAGGAUUAUUCCUUGCUCGUGAUCUUUUCAUUACUGAUGUGCAUGAUAGCUAACUAUAGCGGAUAAGUGGUGGUACAAAAACCUUGGUGAGAAGCUUCUCAAAAUAAAGUGUUUUUCUGGCAUUGUUUUUGGGAGUUCAAUCUCAUCAAGCCUGUGGUGCAUAUAAAUUCUCUUGAAUUCAGGUCCUUCGCUUGCAGGACCACUCAGGUUAGUUGGCUUUGUGUACUGCCCUCGUGUUCUAAUGCUGGCACUUCAUCUCUCUCGACAGGCACCUAACAACAGUGCAGCCUGAAUUGAAUGAAGGAAUCAAAAGUCAAGUUCGCUUCAGUAUGCAUUGAGAACAAAGAUGCAGCCACUUAUCCUCCCUCCACUGCUCGAGCAUCCCCUAAUCCACAGACAUAUAUUAGCUGCGGACAACUAAGACUCGACAAGAUGAAAACAUGAGCAUUACUUCUGCUCUGUUGUGGUGUUUCCAUGGCCAACCAAGAAACGUACCACAACACAAGUGAUGUUGUCAGCGCUUCCUCUUUGAUAAGCUUCGUGCAACAGUCUCUUUGCCGCUUGUUCUGGGUCCUCUAUGGACUGUAUCAUGGCCACAGCCUCCUGAGAAUUUUCAGUGAGAAACAAAAGAGAUGUAACUGAACAAGCAAAAUAUUUCAUGGAUCUGUGUAUAAUAAAUCCGGUCAAAUACCUCAUUUGUAACAACAUCCCACAAUCCAUCACUUGCAAGUAUAAGAAACUCCAGAGAAUGAUCAA